UAAUACAUUCAUAGUCAUUGAUCUCUCGCUGUAUUGGUUUUCCAUACAGUUCGGUAUAUACACGUUCUUUAGCAAAUCACUUCCCACAUUUGAAGUAUGGUUAUUUCAUAUUGAUAGUUCACGAAGUGGGAUUUUCAGGGCGGGAAGAUGCCAAGCGAGAGUAAAGGAAUAAAAGAUGACUUGCGGCGACUCAAACGAGCGGUUCUCAGGAUAGUGUCCGAUGUAUGGUUUCUUAACAGAAUAUCUCAGUUCUGUUUCGCCAUUGGACUAAGUGGUGUUGGCGGAAUUGGAGUAAUAUUUGCGAUACCAUACCUUUAUGAAAAUUAUAGUGACAAUGUGAUAUUUUACGUGCGUUUGCUUGGUUGUUUCCUAGCAAUGGAAAUGAUAGUAAACUGGUUGUGCAUUAGAUAUGUGGACACUAGCUAUAACCCGUUCCGUGACGGUAUCAUGCCGGACGGGGUUUUAAUGGGUCAGAAUAUAAGUCGUCUUGAUAAAGCAGACGAAAAUCAGAACAAUGGAAUAAUCAAUAACCACGGGAGGAAGGAUGCAACAGCUAUAGAUAUGGGCAACAAUGGAAGUCUUAUGUAUGUUGCUUCUGAGAUGCCAACAUCCGCAGAAGAGCCGCCUAAAAGAACUGCUUAUCCAUAUUUCUCAUGGACACCAUGUUUACGUUGCAAUAGACCACGUCCACCUAGAUGUCACCACUGUCCCAUGUGUAACACGUGCGUUUUGAAGCGAGACCAUCAUUGCUUUGUGUCCGGAGCUUGUAUAGGUUAUAGAAAUAUGCGACAUUUUACAGUAUUUUUAUUCUGGGGUGCAGUGGCCACAACUUUUGCUACGUUACAUGCGCUACCUUACUAUUAUUAUGACGUGCUACCUUACACGAGUUACUUUGACUUCAUAUUUCCGAUCGCAGUUACACGUGCAAUGUUUGGUUAUAUAGACAUGAAGCACGCAAUAUUCAUCGUGCUAGGCUGGAUUCUGUUAGCAUUUUUGAUGUGGGCGAUUUCUUUUCUUCAAGUAGUUGCGGAAUUAAUAAAUACUGGAAAAACAACAUUUGAAAAUGGAUACAAAAUGGAAUUAACUGACACAAGGGGAAUAUUUGGUAAAUUAAGAUCUGUGUUCGGAAAUUACUGGAUAUUAAACUUUAUUAUCCCGUUACAUUAUGUGUUCGAGCCUGUCGACGAUCCAGUAAAAUGGCCGUAUAUAAAGGCGUAGACAAUAACCGUCAUGAAUACAAACGCGCUAACAAUCAUAUCAAAAGAAAAUGGAGU